AUGGAGGAGAAGCUGAUCAGCGAGACCAUGGGGCAGAUGAGCUUCGAGCCCUUGAAGAUGCGGGACGGAGCCGUGUGCGGGGACUUUGCGGAGAUCAACCGGCCCUGCGUCGGAACCCCUGGUACGCGCCGAGAGCACUCGGAGCGCGUGGACACCGUGACCCAGGGCACUUCUCCCGAAGCUGACCAGAGCGAGGACAGUGAUGAGGAUGACAGCUACCUUGAAUCAGACGAGAGCUUGGACGACCGGAGCAGCUACCACGCCAUGGACAACUACUUCGCGCACAAGUUCCUGCAGGACUUCUUGGCCCGCAUGACACGCGCCGACGGCCGGGAAGAGCGCCGCGAGGGCGACGGUGCAGAACGGGCGCCACGAGAGCCUCUGGACGUGGCCCUGGUGCAGGCGUACUCUGAGCACGCGAUGCGGGUCUACCAGGCCAUGAUCAAGCACAUUGACUCCCUGGGGGCGGCCAUGGCCAACAAGUUGAGUCAUGUCCGCUCGGAAUCGGCGGAACUAGAGCCUGCCAGGAGGAUUCAGGUGCAGUUGUACGCGGACACUGCGGAGGCCUCGGCGAGUCAGCUGCGCCGCGUGGCCAUGUCCUGUGCAUCGUGCGCGCUGUUGGACAUGGCAGAGCCCGACGUCACGGUUCCCGCGGGCCUGUCCGAGCAGUACCUCUUCUGCAGGAUCGUGUCGGCCUGCCUCAAGCUGCGGGACAGCUGGUGGAAGAGCGAGCUCUACCUGUCCAAGCACUUCCUCCGCUUCCUGAAUCGGUGCCAGGGCCUGUCUCACAACUGGCAGUCCCGCCUGCAAGAGGCCCAGGUGUUCCUGCUGCGCGCCUCCAUCGAGGUGCACGAGCGCAUGGACCGCGAAAUCGGGCUGUGGCAGUGGGCGCGCAGCGUCAAGUUCCCGGCGCGCCGCCCGGCCCUGCUCCACCCGAACCUGCUCAACAUCUUCGUGGACGAGCAGCUGACGGGAGACGUCUCAUCGCUCAUGACCUUGUUCGUCUUCGAGACUGGAAACACGGUCUACAGGGCCAUCUUCUCUAUCCAGGAGGAGUUCAAGCUCCGGCAGCUGAGCUACGACAGCGGCCAGCUGGAGGACGAGGUGCGCCGCACCUGGUCCACCUACCUGGAGAAUGUGCACGAGCAGUGUACCAACCUGGGCGCCAAUCGGGCCCUGUACACGAUGGGCCUGGGCGAGGACCCCGCGUGCAUCGGUCAGGGCCUUCGCUUCUACAUGGACCUCGUUUCGCCGCUCCACAAGGCAGUCACUGAGGAGUGGGCCAGAACCUACGGCUCGAUCGUCAGUCACCUGAAGGUCGCCCUGGCUUCGGAGGACCGCAACAGCCAUGGCGAACGCGGCGGCGAUCUUGAUCAGGUGGCUUCGUGGGUAAACGAGACGGGCCAACAAGUGCUGGAAGCGAUGCAGUCGGCCUUCACUGCCUUCGAGAAUCAGGUGCGGGUCAUCACCAAGAACGUCGAACUCUUCAGCGUUCAAGUUCGCAAAAUACUCGAGUAG